UAAGCGAUGAGAAACUAUUUAAACAUCGACAUAUUUCCUCAACGUUAUCGAGGUAACUCCAGCAGUAGUUAAUGUACUGUAACAUAUUAUUCUCGACAUCCGUGUGUUAUAACAAAGGUUAAGCCGAGGUUGUUGGGUAACCUGUGUUGCGUUUAUUUUGCUCCAAAUGUCAAAAAAGGAUGACUCUGAAAAUGACAUUUGGGAUUAUAAACCACUUGAGAAGAAAAAGAAGAGACACGAAUCACCGUCUUCGUCUGCAGCUGUCACUAAAAGAAGAUGCACAGUCAAAAAACCCUCCAAGAAAGACAUUUCUGUCCCUGUCAAGUCACCUGACAUGACAAACAGGACAGCUGAAAGUACUUUUAAUAAGGGACAUAGCAGUGGAGAAGUGAAUAAUCCUCCUGGAGAUAACGUGUGUACAGACAUUGCAGCUGAGGGAUCAUCAUCUGGAGACUUCUGCCCCAUGUGUCAGAUGCCCUUUUCCAUUCUGGUGGUUCAGACUCAGAGAUGGCAUGUUGCUGAAUGUCUGGACACCUCCAGGGACAAUUGCAAAGAAUGUCCAGAUGGCCUCCAGUGCUCCUCCACCAUUCCAAACCAUUACAAGAAAUUUAACCACACACUCCUGGCUCACAGUCGUGCAAACAGUGACACAUCACUCCUCAGUCUGUCCCAGCAGGCAGAGACAAGCCUCAGUGUUCUCCCAGGAAUUAUCAAACAGAACGAGGGUGGCUUUAUUUUAGAGUCUUCUCAGGACAGUGUUCUCAGUCUUUCUGCUCUGUCAAAUCGUAGUAUCUCCCCUAUCAAUAACCAUCCUGGAACACCUCCGUCUAGACGUACAAAUGGCCUUCUGCUCCUGCGCUCACCGGGCCCCGAGGAUUUUAAGAAAAAGAAAGGCUGGUCCAGCUUAACAAAAAGCCAAAAGUCUCUCAGUUCUUCCCAGGAAAGUAAAGCAGAGCUUUCAUCCACCCCUGUCAAGUCAGAGAGUGGAUCACAAGCUUGUGAACAUUUACCUGAACGUGAACCUUUCCUUGAUAUUGAUGAUUAUAUAUCUUAUUCUCCACUUUCUGAGUUCCCUGCAGAGACUGAUGACAACACUAGCGAAUGUAAAAAAUCCCUUUUUAAUGAUAAAACAUCUCAAAAUGAGACUGAAAACUCGGGGGAUCUUUUCAGUGACGAUUUCUCAAGUGAAGACGAGCUCCUCACUCAAUUCAUCGACCAUUUGGAAUCUAAAAAUGAGCAGGUAAAGGAACCGUCCUCCUUAAACACACAGCUGGAAUCAGUUAACUCAUUAUCACCGACCAAUCAGCUUGCUGCUUCUGCUUUCACAUGUGAAAAAGUAACUCCCCGUGAAUCCACCAGUGCCAUCAAGAGUUGCAUUCAGUCUCCACAAAGUAUUGUUUUAGAUAGACUGAGAGAAACUAUUUGCAGCUCAGAUAACCUGCAUUUAAAAAACUUGAAUAACAUCGGUGUUCAGUCGGAACAAGUGCCUUCAUCACAAGCGGCCGGUGUGCAAACGUCUCAAAGCAUGCCGCCUCAAAAGGACCUCAGCAAGGCAGGUCAGGCCUCCGGUCUGAAGCAGACGGACAUCGGAGUGUUUUUUGGCCUCAAACCCCUGAAGGAGAAGAAGAAGGAGGCGGCUGAGAGUGGACCAGACGGACUCAACACAAACUCUGUUCCACUACCCGAAGGACGGAGUCGACAGAGGAGAGACAGAAAAAGUAAGACAGACGCAUCUGCAGGCACCUCACAUGCUGUAGACAAUGAGAAUGCAGGGGAGGCUCAGGGAGAAGCAGGGAGAGGAAGGAGAGGAGGAUGGAGAGGAGGAUGGCGAGGAAGGUGGAACAGAGUGAACGCUGAUGGAGAAGUCGAGCAGCCACGUUGUCCUUUCUACAAGAAAAUUUCAGGAACAAAGUUUGCAAUAGACGCUUUUAACUACGGAGACAUUCCGGGUAUCACUGCCUACUUCCUGACACAUUUCCACUCAGACCACUACGGAGGGCUGACCAAGAAAUCCACAUUUCCAAUCUACUGUAACAAAAUUACAGGGAACCUGGUGAAGAGCAAACUGAAGGUGGCAGAGCAGUACGUCCACAUCCUCCCCAUGAACACCAAGGUCACUGUGGAGGGAGUCAAGGUCAUCCUCCUGGAAGCCAACCAUUGUCCAGGAGCUGCCAUGCUGCUGUUCUUCCUGUCUGAUGGACAGACAGUCCUCCACACUGGAGACUUCAGAGCCGAUCCCUCGAUGGAGACGUACCCCGAGCUGCUCAGCUGCAGGGUUCAGACGCUCUACCUGGACACCACCUACUGCAGCCCUGAGUACACUUUCCCCAAACAACAAGAAGUCAUCAACUUUGCUGCCAACACAGCGUUCGAGUUGGUGACGCUCAACCCACGAACACUUGUGGUGUGUGGGUCCUACUCGAUAGGGAAAGAGAAGGUCUUUCUGGCUCUGGCAGAAGUCCUGGGCUCCAAAGUGUGUCUCUCUCGAGACAAAUACAACACCAUGUGCUGUCUGGAGUCGGAGCAGGUUAGACAACAUAUAACCACUGACUGGAAGGCGGCACAGGUCCACGUGCUACCCAUGAUGCAACUCAACUUCAAUAAACUGCGGGAUUACCUGGCCCGCUUUUCUUCACUGUACGAUCAGCUGGUGGCCUUCAAGCCCACAGGUUGGACCUUCAGCAAGCAGGUGGACUCGGUGGAAGAUAUUCAGCCUGAGAUCAGCGGCAACAUCUCUAUCUACGGAAUCCCGUACAGUGAACACAGCGGCUUUCUGGAGUUGAAACGUUUUGUCCAGUGGCUUCAGCCCCUCAAGAUCAUCCCGACCGUCAACGUGGGCAGCUGGGCGAGCAGGAAGGCCAUGGAGAGGCGCUUCAGUGAGUGGCUGACGGAAACUAAAGCUAACCUUUGACUUUUACACAUAAAACCUCAAGAUCACCUCUAAAUACUUGAAAUGCUGCUAAAUAUGAACACUACUUUUUUUUACCUCUUUGAUUGAAGAAGCUUGCUUUAAAAUAUGGAGCAAUGGGUUAUGAUGAAGCAGGUGAACAUGAAAUACUUCCAGUGUUAUUAUGAAAGGUUAUAUACAUGCUGUGGUCCACUUUAUUAUAAAGGUUUUUCAUGAACCAUUAGACCAGGGUCAUCAAAGUAUUACACAUACCGUGGGAGCUGAUGUGUCACUGCCUGUUGUACCUCCAAUAAGUGCUGCUUAAAACUGUGCAAAUUCCUAAUUAUCUGUAAAGUAUUUUAAAUGUAAAUAAAUGUUUAAAACAUUAUUUUAA